ACGCCCAGAACAUCCAUCGCCCAUGCCUCUAGCUCCUCCACACGAUGGAAAACACGCCAGACCCGCGACCACUUUGCCCGCGAAGCUAAAGUCGCUGGUCUAAAGUCUCGCGCUGCCUUUAAGCUGCUCGAACUCGACUCCAAACAUCGCAUCUUUCGCAAGGGUGGCACUGUUGUCGAUUUGGGCUAUGCACCUGGUAGUUGGAGUCAGGUUGCUGUCAGCAAGACGAGUCCUGGAGGCAGAGUCUUGGGUAUCGACAUUAUCCCUGCGCAACCGCCGCGAGGUGCUUCGAGCAUCCAGGGCAACUUCCUAAGCCCAGAGGUGCAGGCUGAGGUGCGGAGAUAUGUGCGAGAUCCUGCAUUAGGCCGAGCGCGGACAAGAGUGACCAUGUCAAAAAGAGGCGAAGACGAGGUUGAGGAAGACGAAGGUGCAACAGAAGAAGACGUCGAGACCGAAGGACGUGGUGUGCUGAGAAUGGCGCAAGAAACAACGACAAAGGAGAAUGAGCAGCCCGAUCAGCAAGACGAACAGAAGCAGCAAGACGAAGAGGCGGAACAAGAAGCACAACUCAGCGUGCGGAAAAAGGACCUCCGCGACGGGAGGGUCGUCGAUGUUGUGCUAAGUGACAUGUCAGCACCUUGGGACCAAACUUCUGGCUACUGGAUCAGGAGCGUUAGUAACCCGUAUCUCAGGAUGAUGAACACGAGCGGCACCGCCUUUCGCGACCACGCCGGCAGCAUGGAUCUCUGCAAUGCUGCCUUGACUUUCUGCUACGACACCCUCCGCACCGGCGGCCAUUUCAUGUGCAAAUUCUACCAAGGCUCCGAAGACAAAGCCUUUGAGAAUCGUCUCAAGAAGCUAUUCGACAAAGUCCACAAAGAGAAGCCCGAGUCGUCGAGAAAGGAGAGCAAAGAAGCGUAUUUUGUUGCCUUGAGGAGGAAGCCUGAUGUCCCACGCGAACUCGUCUUU